AUUAUGUAAGCAUAGUUGAGUAAAGGAAUGCACACAGCGGUCAUCCGUGGAGUUACUUUUUUUUUUUUUUGUAAACCACGAAAGCUUUAUUAAAAACAAGGCACAGCACGGCGGAUUCCUUGGGCUGCCGGAUAAACAAGGGUCAUCACAAAGCGGGCGGGGUGGAAAAGGACCGCGUAGUAGCAAAUCCAGGAGAUCCAAGCGGAGGAACCGGGGGUCUGGGUUAGCCGGGGCUCUGGAUUCGGGGCGCCCUCUCGCGGGGUAACCGCAUCACUACCCCUGCUAACCGUGGCCUCCCGGGCCAGAGCUCAGAGACUGCGCCACAGACAGUGCAAGAGUGAAGCACUACGAAGAGGAGUAGAGGUCCCGAGCCCUGGAACAAGAGUUCAUGCGUGGCCCAGCUGCGGGCCCCGAACUCCGGGACUGUGCGCUCCGAACCCUCCCUCGGGACGGCCUCCUUUGUCUUGGCCCCUUGGUGGUGGCUUCCUCUCCCCCCGCCAGAUCUUCUAGCGCUUGACCUUUCUCCGCAUUUUCCGGCAAGAAUUCCUGAUCUGGGCACUGGCCUCUGGCCAUUGGGUUGCCAAUGAAGUAUAUACUGGUCACUGGCGGGGUCAUCUCCGGUAUUGGAAAAGGGAUCAUUGCGAGCAGCAUUGGUACCAUUCUAAAAUCAUGUGGCCUCCGGGUGACUGCUAUCAAAAUUGAUCCCUAUAUUAACAUUGAUGCUGGAACCUUUUCGCCCUAUGAACAUGGUGAGGUGUUUGUAUUAAAUGAUGGUGGAGAAGUUGAUCUAGACUUGGGAAAUUAUGAAAGGUUCUUGGAUAUUAACCUUUAUAAAGAUAACAAUAUCACUACUGGAAAGAUCUAUCAACAUGUAAUCAAUAAAGAGAGGCAUGGAGAUUACUUGGGGAAAACAGUACAAGUUGUUCCUCAUAUUACCGAUGCUGUUCAGGAAUGGGUGAUGAAUCAGGCCAAAAUUCCUGUGGAUGGUCAUAAAGAAGAACCCCAAAUAUGUGUCAUAGAGCUGGGAGGCACCAUUGGAGACAUCGAAGGCAUGCCAUUUGUUGAAGCGUUCAGACAAUUCCAGUUUAAGGCAAAAAGAGAGAACUUCUGUAAUAUCCAUGUUAGCCUUGUCCCACAGCCCAGUGCUACUGGAGAACAGAAAACUAAACCGACACAAAAUAGUGUUCGGGCAUUGAGAGGCUUAGGAUUGUCUCCUGACCUGAUUGUGUGCAGAAGUUCAAAGCCCAUUGAGAUGGCCGUAAAGGAAAAGAUAUCCAUGUUUUGUCAUGUGGAACCUGAGCAGGUGAUAUUCAUCCAUGAUGUUUCUUCCACUUACCGGGUUCCUGUCCUUUUGGAAGAUCAAGGUAUUGUCAAGUAUUUUAAAGAGAGGUUGGACCUGCCUAUUGAUGACCAUGCAAGUGAUUUGCUUUUCAAAUGGAAAAAUAUGGCUGACAGGUAUGAAAGAUUACAGAAAACGUGCUCCAUAGCCCUGGUUGGCAAAUAUACCAAACUUAGUGACUGCUAUGCAUCAGUAUUUAAAGCCUUAGAACACUCUGCUUUGGCGAUUAAUCAUAAAUUGGAUUUAAUGUAUGUAGAUUCUACUGAUCUAGAGCAGUCUUCUGAGGUUGAGAACCCUGUGAGAUUCCAUGAAGCCUGGCAGAAGCUGUGCAAAGCAGAUGGUAUUCUAGUACCAGGAGGCUUUGGCUAUAGGGGCACAGAGGGAAAACUCCGGGCCAUUUCUUGGGCAAGAACAAAGAAAAUACCUUUCCUUGGAAUUUGUUUAGGGAUGCAGUUGGCAGUGGUGGAAUUUGCCAGGAACUGCCUUGGUUGGAAAGAUGCAGACUCUACCGAAUUUGUACCAAAUACCAGCAUUCCUGUUGUGAUUGAUAUGCCUGAGCAUCACCCUGGAGAAAUGGGAGGAACAAUGAGGCUCGGAAAAAGAACAACAGUUUUCAAAACAGAAGACUCUAUUUUGAGGAAACUCUAUGGGGAUGUUGGUAGUGUAGAAGAACGACACAGACAUCGGUAUGAGGUUAACCCAGAAUUAAUCCAGCAAUUUGAAGAGAAAGGUUUGAAGUUUGUAGGUCGAGAUGUUGAAGGAGAAAGAAUGGAGAUCAUUGAAUUGGCAAAUCAUCCUUAUUUUGUUGCUGUCCAGUUCCAUCCUGAAUUUUCUUCUAGGCCAAUGAAACCUUCUCCUCCAUACCUGGGUCUAUUGCUUGCAGCAACUGGUACACUCAGUGCCUAUCUGCAACAAGGCUGCAAACUGUCCCCAAGGGGCACAUUCAGAAAGAAGCAUGGCCACAUUUCUACUUCUCUAGUUAGUGACAGCUACAGUGAUCUUAGCGAUGAUAGCCUUCCAGAAAGGAAGAAUUCUGAAAUGGAAGCAAAUUGAAACUCCUUUGUGAUUCCUCAUAACAGAAGGGACCCAAGCAGCCUACAGAUCUUUUGAAAUCAAUUGAAGGAGCUGCUGGGAUGAAACAGACACAACAUACAAACCUUUUACUACUCCUUUUCCCACCAGUAAAAUCCUUUCACUGCUUUUAACAAAUAGAUUUAAGAUUUAAAGCUAUAGUAGUAAUCUAAUUCUAGUUACAAACUUCUAAUUAAAAAAAAAGGAAGAAAAAAAGAAAAAGAGGAUUUUUCCCCCCUUCUCUUACAAAGGCAGUUGUUGGGUCCAAUUGCCUUAUCUGAGGGAAAAUAAAAUUCCUUCAUGCAAAUGUGUUGGGCUUUAUUUAUUUAUUUAUU